UCCUGCAACCCGGUGUUCCAAGCAAGACUGUGGAAACCUAGAGUGCCUCAGAUUCAUAAAUCAAGAAAAGAGAGAAUGACACUGCAGCCCUGGGACCCCAAAUGCCCAGCUGUGCAGCUGAUUUUCCGGCUGGACAAGGAUGAGAAAGUCUCUGUGGAUCUGAUCCCUGCCAUCCAGGAUAAGGUAGCGUUGUCUGAGGACUGGCAGAGAGACGACCUGGCCAGACUGUCCGACUGGCGGGACAAGUUGCCGGACAACAGCCAGGAAAGAUUCCGCCAGAAGGCAAAGCAAGUUGGGAGAGUCGGGGCUGAUGUAGUGGCCAAAGAUGGUUUCUGGAGGUUCUCUUUUGCUAAUGCUGAGACAGCUUUUCUCCGGGACAUCGACAGUGACAGGGGGCAGCGACGGAACGCUCUGAGACUCCUGAAGUUCAUAAACAAGGAGUGCUUGGUCCCAGAAUAUGGCAAGAUACUGACAUCUUACCACCUGAAGACUGCUCUUCUGUGGGCCCAAGAUAUUCACCCGGAGAAGGAGAAAUGGGAGACCCUGGAGUCAUCCUUGAAGACCCUCCUGAGCCUUCUACGUCACUGCGUGAACAAGGGAAAGCUCCCCCACUAUUUCCUGCGUGACUUUAACCUCUUCAACAAGCGCUACAGGGAAGGCAACGGGUUCUAUGAGCGCCUGGCCCUGCAGGUUCUCGAGAAGGAGUGGGAGCUGUUGGAGGUGAAUCCGAUGCUGUAUAUAUCCUGGAGAGUCCUCAAGGUUUAUGAGAGUCCAGGGGCCUUCAGCACUCUCUUGGAAUUUAAAGCGAGCCACCGGGAAGCCCUGAAGAAGCUAAAGGAGUUGGAGGAGGAGGAAGAGGGGUAUAAGUGGGAAGAGGAAGAGCUGGGCAACAAGAAUGUAACGGCCUAGCCAGUCCCAGGGUGGGAACGGGUAGAGCCCUGUAGGGUUUAAGAGAGGAGCAGAUCCUGGCUAUAGGAUUGUGCCGGGAAGUAGCCACUGCCAUAGCUAAGAAUGAGAAACGUGCAAUCUGAGCAGCACUAAAAUGCUCAUGCAUCACCAGUUUGUCUUGAACAUCGCUGAGCUCCAUGGGGGCCAGGAGUAGAGUUAGUGCUGAAAUGUCGGGGUUAUUUUGUCAAGAGGCUCCUCAGAUAUAUAGCCCCUCCCCCACUGCCCUUCCAUUCUUAUGAUGGGUCUGUCUGGGUGAAGCUGGGCAAAAUACUCAGGGCAUAGGGGAUGUGAAAUGGACAAACAUUCAGUAAAAAAAAAGUCACUGGGCUGUGGGAUUGUGGCUCUUGAGAUUGACACGUACCAGCCAUGAUCAUCUCUGCCACCUACAGCACCCCCUGCUGGGACAGCCCAGGGCUUGCGUAACUGGGAGUCCCCCCCCAUACAGCCAGUGCCCCACCCCCUCCCCACAGCGUCUCCUGAUGAGAGAGUGUCACAGAGUCGUGGGGGCAAUGCAAUGGAAUUGCCCCAUAUGAAGCCAGCCAGGGCCCUACUUUUGGUGAGUGCACUGUCACCAGGGUAAGGAGCUUACACCUUCGUCCUUCCUGAGUCUGAUGGUGGAGCAUCCAGCAUCCCCUUCCACACCAUGCA